AAGUGCACACUCAUUUGUUUACCAGUAGUACAUGUACGUAUACGGUAUAGUGCAGUGUUUUGAUUAAUAGCUCUACAUUGCUAUACUAUAUUGUACUAGACCAACACAGCUGCUAUAUAGAUCUAUUUGUGUAUUGCUGAACAAACGGUGGAAACUUCCCAACAAAAGGAGUGGACUGGAGCACCUCAGCAAUUGUGCAGCAACCCAGGCCUCUGCAAUAAUAUCUGAUCAUUGUACAACACCACAGUGACACUGUAGUACUAAACCAGCUCCUAUAACGUGUGAUGGCUGACUCUGGGCUACACUCUGGUACCACACAACUUGUCAGAGUGUUUAUACCUGACUGCAAAACACAAAAAUGUCUGGUGCUAAACAUGGCUGGCACAGUCUGGGCUGCAAAGCAAGUGAUCCUGGAUAAAGUUUACAAGGAGCUCCCUCGUGAUGCCCUCAAUUACAGUCUCUACUUGCCCCCCAGUGGGACCGGGAAAUGCGGCAAGUUUAUGGAUGACUUUCUGCCUAUCUCUGACUAUGCCCUCCAAGGAAACCUGCCGAAGGUUGAGAUGCGGUACAAAAGCAGAGACUACACAAAGCAAGUCACUCUCACAGAAAAAAGUAUUGCAAAAAUCAACAGCAAGACCAAUCAGCGCAAGUUGGUGGAAUACUUGAUGGCCUCCUCCUACAAGAAAAUCGACAAGCUCCUUGACUCUGGACUGGACCCUAACUUUCUCACUGAGGACGGAAACACGCCACUGGGUAUUGCUUGUGGGCGUGGUCGCAGUGUCCAGUGUAUCCAGUCUCUGUUGUCUGGUGGGGCUCACAUUGACUUCAGAGGGAAGGAUGGGCUCACUCCAAUGCACAGGGCAGCCAUUGGAGGGAACGCUCUCGCCAUCAACAGCUUGCUGUCUUACGGAGCCUCCCCUAAUUACAAAGACCUGAAGGGACUCACCCCCGUCUACCACACAGCCAUUAUGGGGGAUGACAUGGGUUCCUGUAUCACGCUGCUACGGAACAGGGCGGAGCUUGGCAUCAAGGACCAAGGGGGGUGGUCCGAGCUACAUCAUACGAGUAAGUAUGGUCAUGUGAAACAUGCAGAGCUGUUCAUUCGUUACGGGGCUGACAUCAAUGACCAGAACCUUGUGGGCAACACCCCCCUUCACGUAGCAGCCUCUCACGGGCAGAAAGAAUGCGCUUUGACCUUGCUGAAGAGAGGAGCUAACAGAACAAGCACCAACUUCUCUGGACAAACGCCUAGUCAGGUAUCUAUUCUGUGUGGUCAUCAUCAGCUAGCUACUGAGAUAAACGAGUUCCCUGCUGACCAAGUCGAGCACAUCACUCUUCAGGCAGACUACAAUGAGAAUGCUCGCACAUUUGCCACUCGGGAGUUCACCACGACAACAGAUACGUGUCUGGUGUCACCUCCAAUGGAGACACUGGCAAACACACUCAACAAGGAGUGGAGUACAACCUGGCAACCUCAUGAUCAGCGCCUGAUGAGUCUGUCUGCUGUCAACAACUCAGGGCGUCCUGGGAGUGGGUCUAGCCGCGCCUCCUCUCAACGGUUUCCAGACACCGAGAGUCUUAACUCGGUGGAGAUGGGCAGCACACACAGUGACUCCACUGGAGGGGCUCCAGCUACCCCUGGACCUAACACCCCCAUAAAUAGAAAGCAAUCGUUCGGGCAACAACGCGAGAGACUGUAUAGGGCGGGACCUGGAGAAUACGUGGCCGUACAGGAAGUGGAGGCUCAGCAGCCCGGGGACAUCCCACUGAAACGAGGGAUGCCCGUGGAAGUCACUUUCAUUGGCAAGGGUGGCUACUGGGAGGGUAAGGCUGGUGGGGCAGAGGGUUGGUUCCCGAGGCUAGCCAUCAAGGAGAUGGAUGAAGAUAGCUUCGAUUUUCCAACGACAGAUCCACCCUCCACACCCACGUCGGUACUAUCUGAUAACUCUGCAUCUUCGCUAGCAAGUAACAAGACAACAAACAUUCGAGAUGUGGUCGUUAACCGUGGCAACCGAGGUUACGGCUUUGCAAUGAGAGGAGUUAGAGCUACUAAAGCGAUGCAGUUCCAACCGUCCCCGGAGGUCCCUGCACUCCAGUACGUGGGCAGUGUGGAGGAGAACGGGGCAGCUGCUGAUGCCGGGCUCACACCUGGGGACUUCCUCAUUGAGGUGAACGGCUACAAUGUGACGCACAGUACUCACGACGAGGUAGUGGUCAUCGUGAAAGGGGCGGGAGACUCCCUUCGUCUCAAGGUCAUCACACCUAUCGCCAAAACUAAGAGCAUUAGUAACCACCUAAUGAAGCAACUCACACCCGUCAGCACUCCUGAAUCAUUUCGUAAAGAUUCUAUUCUCGAAGAAAGUGUGGUUCGUAAAAGCAGCCCUCUUAUGACACCAAAAGAGCCCCCUCGCAAACACAGUCCAGUAAACAGGCAUAGAGAUUUUAUCGAUAAAGAGACGAUUAUCGGCGAGACUGUGAUUGGUCGUACCAACUCACCAUAUAACAUGCCUACAGAGUGGGACUCGUCACAAGACGACCAUGAGGAUAUGUCUACUCCUACACCUGGUAUUCUCAACCCAUCACCUAAUUUUAAAACCCCCCUCUCCGGUGUACGAUCGUACUCAAGGGAUGAGCUCCUCCCACCCCCUAAUAUGGGCAUACAUAGCCACACCCUACCAGCGAAGGAUUAUCCCAGACUAGAGGACUUUUCGAGCCAGAACUCGACAGAUGAAUACUCAGACAGUGACGAUGACGAUAGUAAAUUGUCUGCAUUUCAGUUGGAACUACAAAAGGGCAAGCAAAAAAUCGAUCGAAGGAUCUCCUCUUCGCUGACUCCAAUUGAUAGAGGGAGAGCAAACACGCUACCUGUUAAAGGAAGUGCCAAAAACACAACUGUUGAUCCUUCCGUUGCCAUGACACAGCAGAUACUAAAUGCCAGCAAGGCUAGAAAGCAACGGGCUGAUUCCAACCAAGUACGAAUGUCUCCGCAUCACUCACCCAAAAACUCCCCAAAAGACCCGUGGGUAAAGGCUCUGAACUUGAAGGCCAAAGCUCUUGACUAUGACGAGACAGACAGUGGCAGUGAAGUGGAACCCUCAUCCCCUUUUAAGGCGUACCUCAGACCUAUCAAGAAACCCCCACCACCUGUUGUGAAACCAAAACCAAAGAAAGAGCUCUCCACUCCGAGCAGCCUCGGUGGUACAACCAACUGGAGACCUGCCUCACCUCUCCUGCAAAAGAAACAAGCUUCAUCCAUAAUAUCGGAACAAAAACUCCUACCAAAUCCGCUUUUGUCCAUUGACAGUUUAGACUUUGACCUUCCCCCACCUAUAAGUUCCGACGAAAACCGUCCCAAUUCAUUUGUCGCAGUUGCUCCUCCGGAUGGAUUUAGCAUACCCCCCAUAGACGAUUUUAUCCCCCCUCCGCUGCCGCAGACCUCCCCGCCCCCCACAGAGGUCACCAGCGGGGGGUCGGAAGUUUUCAUUUUCCCUGAGUACUCCCCCACACCACCAUCUCCGAUCAAAAUGAGCAGCCCCCUAGGAAUUCCGACAUCAAAAAGUAUCGAUAAUUUGCCGAGUCCAAUGCCGAGCCCGCCUUCAGUUGGAAACAGUUUAUUGGACGUAUCAAGUUCUGUUGUACCCCCGCCGGCUUUCGGAGAGCCGUCGCCAUGGAGCCCAGAGUCGGAUGACACGCCCCCUCCCCUCCCACUUAACGAACCACCCCCCUUAGAACUAGACGAGAGUUGCGAUACUGAGACCACAGGUAGCUAUAGUGUGAACGAUGUAGGGAGUGACACUAACAUUGAUAUGGACACACCCCCGCCACGCCCCCCUCUCCCGACCUCUCCAACGAGCAGUAUUGCUCCUGAACCUACAUCACAGCCACCUAACGGCUUCGCUGACGUGCCCCCUCCUCAACCGACACAAUCUAACCCCCUGACUGUCAGCGACCACGCCUCUGCUUCAGCCGAGGAACCCGGACACAAGAGCACGCCUCUAGCCGAGUGGGGUGUGGAAGAAGUGGGGAAGUGGCUGAGAGAGAUCGGACUGGCUGAAUAUUCCGAAUCAUUUGAAGAGAAUGAGAUAGUUGGUGAACACUUGUUGGACCUAAGUAAGGACGAGCUGAAAGAAUUAGGGAUUAAGAAAAUUGGACAUCAGAAGAAAUUUCAGGCAAAACUCUCUUCACUGUCGUAAGUAGUUUUCACGAACAAUUUUCUUGUGUAUAAGUACUGACUGGAUUUGUGUAUACAUGCACACCACCAUUGUCCAUGCAACUUUUGUGUCACUUUUUUGAUUUUUUGACGUAUAUAUUUCGUUUCCAAAACAUUUUACGUAAGAAUUAAAUUUUGGUUUUACAUUG